UUCACCUCCCUCAUCCGCGCCUGCUGCUCCUCCCCCGACCUCCUCCUCCCCUCCCUCCGCCUCUUCUCCCUCAUGCGCCGCCGCCGCCUCCCCCCUCUCCCCUUCACCUUCUCCGCCCUCCUCAAGUCCGCCGCCGCCGCCCGCUCCCUCCCCGCCGGCGCCCUCCUCCACUCCCUCGCCCUCUCCCUCGGCGCCUUCCCUUCCCACCUCUUCGUCGCCAACUCCCUCCUCGCCAUGUACGUCGCCUGCUCCGACCUCCGCUCCGCCCGCAGGGUCUUCGACGAAAUGCCCCUCCGCGACCUCAUCUCCUGGACCUCCCUCGUCGUCGCCUACGCCCGGAGCGGCGACAUGGAGUCCGCCGCCGCGCUCUUCGCGAGCUCCCCCGCCAAGGAUGUUGUGGCGUGGACCGCCCUGGUCACUGGGUACGCGCACAACGCCAUGCCCGGGGAGGCACUGGACGCCUUCGUCCGCAUGCGGGAUGCGGGCGUCACCAUCGACGAGGUUGCCCUCGUCGGCGCCGUCUCUGCGUGCGCCCAGCUGGGCGCCGUGAGCCGCGCGAGAUGGGUGUGGGACAUCGCAGAAGCGAACGGGUUCGGGACGAACGUCGUGGUGGGGUCGGCGCUGGUGGACAUGUACGCCAAAUGCGGGCUUAUCGACGAUGCCCGUCAGGUGUUUGACGAGAUGCCGGAGCGGAAUGUUUACACGUACAGCUCGAUGAUCGCAGGCCUCGCUUCGCACGGUCGGGCCUAUGAGGCGAUUGCCCUGUUUCGGGAGAUGGUGGGCGCCACGAACGUGGCGCCAAAUCGGGUUACCCUCAUUGGCGUGCUCACCGCUUGUAGCCACGCUGGCAUGGUGGAGGAGGGCCGCUUCUUCUUUGCCCAGAUGAAGGACAAAUACAGAAUACCCCGAUCGGCUGAUCACUACGCGUGCAUGGUUGACCUGCUCGGCCGGGCUGGGCUUGUCGAAGAAGCCCUAGAACUCGUGAAAUCGAUGCCCAUAAAGCCUCACGGUGGCGUAUGGGGGGCAUUGCUCGGUGCUUGCAGGAUCCACAAUAAGCCUGAAAUCGCUAAGACUGCGGCCGACCGUCUCUUUAAGCUCGAACCCGAAUGCAUCGGAAGCUAUAUUCUCCUAUCGAACAUCUACGCAUCGGCCGGCAUGUGGGAUGAAGUCUCGAAAGUUAGGAAGCUGAUGAGAGGCAGGGGGUUAAAGAAGAAUCCAGCUGCAAGUUGGGUGGAAGGAAUAGACGGGCUUGUCCACGAGUUCUUUGCGGGCGAUGCGUCCCAUCCGAGGUCGCGAGAGAUAAAGAAAUUGUUGGAGGAGCUAAUGGGGAGGUUAAAGUUAGUCGGUUAUAUGCCGAUCUUGAGCUCGGUUGUUUAUGAUGUUAGUGAUGGUGAGAAGGAAAGGCUUCUUAAGGGUCAUAGUGAGAAGCUGGCAUUGGCUUUUGCCCUUUUGACAAAGAGGAAUGGUGAUGUGAUUAGGAUAACGAAGAAUCUGAGGAUCUGUGAGGAUUGCCAUUUGGUUAUGAGCCUCGUGUCGAAGGUGGAGAAGGUUGAGAUUGUGGUGAGGGAUAAUAUGAGGUUCCACCGUUUCAGGAAUGGAGAGUGCUCCUGUGCCGGGUUUUGGUGAAGGCAGGAUGGGGGAACAAUGUGAGUUCAGCAUAAUUUUGUUCUUUUUGUUCAUCAGAGUUUUUCAACUGAA